AAUUAAUACAUGGUAAAUAUUAAGAAAAAAAACUUGAGAGCUCGACAAGGAACAUAAAGAUGGAGAAAGAAUAUCAUUGUUGAGAUGGGUGAAUUCGAGAAUAUAGAUUUUACAUAAAAUGAUGCUAAACCAGUGGAUUUUUAGGUUGAUGCCCAACCAAUAAAUAUAUAUGAAAAUAAAGAUAGAUUUAAAAAGAAACCUACAGAUCCAAAGAAGUAAUCUAAAUAGGAAAAAAUAAAAAUCUAAAAUAUGGCACAAUAAUAGGGAAAGCAAUAAUAACAAUAAAAAUAAAAUGAGAUUAAAGAUUUAUGGUCAUAAGAAGGAGGAUAAAAAAGAAUAUAGGGUACAGAUGUAAAAGCAGUUGUAACACCUCAUCCAGGAUAAUCAUAUAAUCCAUAACUAAAAGAUUAUAAUGAAUUGCUAGAUGAAGUAGUAAAAAAAGAAAUUAGAUCCCAUUAGAGAUUAUAAAACGAAGAAACUGAAGCAGAGAAAGCAUAGAAAUUGUUAUAAAGGUAUAAUAAUGAUAUAAAUAAAAUUAGAGAGAGAGAAAAAAAGAAAAAGAGGAAAAUGAGUAUGAUAUAAAAAAUUCAUGGAAAAGAAGUGGUAGAUAGAAUGAUAGAAAAAAAGAAAAAUCAUGAGCUUUUAUUGGUAAAAAAGAUAAAGAAAGAGUUAAAUGCAGAAGCAAAGAUGAGACUAGAAAAAAGAAAAUAACAGAGAAAAGAGAAAAAACUAUUAGAGAGAGCAAGAAAAUUGUAGGGAAGAAAUUUGGUUCCAAUAAAAAUAGGAAAUAAAAAGUAAAGAGUUUAAAAAUAAUAAUAGAGUGGAAGUGACAUAAGAUGAAUUUGUAUUGGAUGAUUAAUUAAAGAGUCGCUUGAGACAUGUAACCUAAGGAGAUUUAUUAGUAAAAAGUGAAUUUGAUGGUUUUGUUAGAAGAGGAUUGAUCGAACCAAAAUCGAAAUCAAAUAAAUUAUCAAAGGCAAAAGUUCCAUUAUAUAAAAUUAAAGAAAAAUGA